CAGCUCCGUCACACAGUCUGGUUUGACCCCAUCAGUCCAGCAGUCUGGUUUGACCCCAUCAGUCCAGCAGUCUGGUUUGACCCCAUCAGUCCAGCAGUCUGGUUUGACCCCAUCAGUCCAGCACUAUCAUCAGAACCAAACUUCUAAUAGUAGACCCUCCCUGCAACAUAAUCUAGAGUCAAAAAUGUUGGUUGGCUCCAACCACAGUGUCCAAGAUCAAGAAGUGCAGCAGGAAUCUGAAGUGGACAAACGACCCCUCUGUGUGUCUGAGUCGGCAGUCCUUGAGUUUAGAGAGAAGAGACCGCUGCAGAAACUCUCUUCCUCUGGAACUCCACAGAUCAGAGAGACAGCAGCAUUAUCAGAGGAAAUACACCAAGUUUCACAAAACAUCGUUGGUUCUGAAUCCAUGGACCCUAUUUUUGGACCACUUUCACCACCGUCAUCAGACAUCAAACUCACAACCACCUCGCUAGAGGAAACCGACCCUCAGAGGAACCUGUCUUCACCUAAAGCUGUUGAUGUUGGACCAGAUACUACCAAAUCAGAAGAAAAAACCUUUUUGGAUGGAUUAUUUUCACCCAUAUCGUCAGAGGACGAGCUCCCCAUCGACCCUCCAGAGGAAACCAAGCCCACAGGGAGACCGUCUUCACCUGAAAUGGAUGGGAUAGAAAGGUUCAUUGUCAAAUCUGAAGAAAGUGAAACUGGUUGCAGACCAUAUUCACCAAUUUCCUCAGAGGAUGAGGUCAUCAGCUUGUUUGAGGAAACCAAACCUACGAGAUGGUCCUCACCUGAAAUGGAUAGGAUAGAAAGUUUCAUUGUCAAAUAUGAAGAAAGUAAAACAGGACUAUUUUCACCCAUAUCAUCAGAGGACGAGCUCCCCUUCGACCCUCCAGAGGAAACCAAGCCUACAGGGAGACCGCCCUCACCUGAAAUGGAUGGGAUAGAAGGGUUCAUUGUCAAAUCUGAAGACAGUAAAACAGGAUUAUUUUCGCCUGUAUCAUCAGAGGAUGAGUUUCCAGUUGUAGUGCCUGAGGACACUGGUGGACAGGGUUCCCCAUCAGAGGAAACCGACCCUCCAGGGAACCAGCCUUCACCUGAAAGACAUGACAUCGAACAUGUCCCUGUUAAAUCAGAUGAAACCAAAGCUGUUGGUUCACCUGGAUCCUCAGAUGAUGAGCGGACAAUCGACUCGUCUGAAGAUGACGACCCUGCCCUGAACCUGUCUGCAUCUGAAUCAGACGGUGAAGUUUCACCAGGCCCAAAGCCCAGGCAGCAGGACUUCAGCCAGCCUCAGUGGCAGCCCCAAGUGUCUCUGGUCAAACUGCCUUUGUCUGUCCUGGGACCUGGAAGCCCCGAGUCGUGUUUCCAGUCCCUCCUGGAAGAGAGUGAGGAGGAGCUUCCCCUUCAGGAGGGUCCUGCCAAUAACAACAUGUCUGACUCCACCAACGAUGACUUCAUGAGCUGUCCAUCGUCUCCUGGGUCUCCACUGUCCGUGGAGGUCAUUUCCUGCUCUGCGUGUGCCUCGCCCAACGCGUCAAAGAUCUGCUCAGACUGCGGUCGAGGCUACCACAGCAACUGCCACAUUCCUCCUGUUGGACCUGAUAUUUGGUCAGACUGGAUCUGUUCAUUGUGUCAGGACUUGACGGACCCUUCAGACCCCUACAGCUCUGACAGAAGGCCGGGUCCAGAGCCCGCCCAGCUCAGCGUGCAGGACCAGAGGAGAUGUGAGGCCCUGCUGCUGCACCUGAAGGUUGAAGGCUGUGGUCCGUUCUCUGAGCUGGAGUUUUGGACCAGGCUGAUGUUUGUAGCAGAACGUCUGACCCUCUGUUGUCCUCCGUAUCAGACGGCUGCACAGCUGGUCUCUGACCUCUGGCUGCUGUUUCAGGACGCCUCUCAGGACCGCGCCUUGCUCAAGCUGCAGCGAAGUUUCCAGAAGAAGUUGGUGGAAGUUCUGGGAGGAGAGCUGCAUCCUUCCCUCCUGAUGGCACCAGGUCCAAACCAUCCGUGUGCUGACGGCGGCCCGGCGGCCUCAGCAGCCAGCGACACGCUGCAGAACCAGAACACUGCAUCAGGGUCCAAACUGCUCAAUCUGAGGAAGAGGCUGAGAGAUUUCCUGGUUCUGAACACAAGUUCUGCAGCCAAGAGAGCAAAGAAGAGCUAAGUGAAGGUCCAACCCCCUGCCUCUGAGCCAGGCAGGAGCCAGACAGGUUGGACUCUUUCCAGAACCACAUUAUUAUUUAUUAAAUGAUCUGUUUUAUUGUUCGGUUUAAAAGAAUCUGUUACACAUGAAAUGAAACAGCAGAGCUGCUCAUCACAACCUGACACACAACUGACCCUUUAAACAUCUGUUACAGGUUUUAUAUCUGGUUUUCUACAUUCUUUUACUUUAUUUCAUUAUUAUUGGAUGAUUUUUACAUCCAUAAAUGACUGAUGUGAAACCCCACAGGUCAGCAGACGAAUCAUUAAAAUAUCAUUUAAAGGUUGAUGCAGAGAAUCUGAUGUAAACUUCAUUCAGAUCGUAUAAAAUUUAAUCAACAUCUGGUCCAGAUGUUGAACAUUUUUGUUUUUGUGCCAAGUUUAUAAAACCAGUUUAUUGUUGGUGAACAUGUUUACAGCUGCAUCAUCUCAGUUUAGUUGUUUUGAAUGAUGUUGUAUUUAUUGAAGAAACAGCUAAAGGUAAAAUAUUUUAGCUGUGGUUCGGAUUAUUUCAUUUUCUUUAUAGAAACGUUUUGUUAAAAUGUCAACAAAUGUACAGAAAUACUCCGACCUGAAACAGUAUUUUUACAUUAAAGACAAAUCGUUCUGUUU